AUGAGUGGUUGUGAGGAAAAUUUAUGUCAACAGUUUGCAUUAGCUGUAUGUCUUCAUUGUAUGCAUCGUUUAUGUAUCCAUCAUAUUAAUGAUCAUCAGAAUAUUGCUUUAAAUCAACUUGAUCAACUUAAGAAUGAAGCUAAUCAAAUUAGUACUAGUUUGGUGAAUGCUUCAAACACGAUAGUUGAAGAACGUAAAGCUGAUGAAAAGAAAUGUGCUGUUUGGCGUAUCCAAAAAUUAGCUGAAAUUGACGACGAAUACAAUAAAAUGAUAAAUUCUAUACGAACUCGUCAAAAAAUACUUGAACAACAAGAAUUAAACUUUAAUCAACGUUUAAAAAUAGACGUUCAACAACCAUUAGAACAAAUGUAUACACAAAAAAGUAUCAGUCCACAAUUACUCGAUGCUAUUCAAUUAGCUAUUGAAAAUAUCAGAAAAGACAGUGAUGUUCUUAUAUGGAAUUCUCCAGAGUUGAAUAAUAUUCAAAAUCUUCAUACUAAUAGUAAAGAUGAAACGAAAUCUACCUCAACAAAGUAUCCAAAAAAAGAAAAAAUAAAAGCAUGGAAACCACGUAUGCUCUAUUUUACAUUUUUUCGAAAUGUUGGUCCAGAUAGCGUUGGCAAGAUUAAUGAUUUUGUUCGGUCGAUGUUGGAAGGUGAAGAUAAGAUGGAAAAUCAAGGUCUUAUUACAUUAGUAUUUUCAUACCUUCAGACUUGGCACAAAACAAAUCGAGGCAAACAUAAACAAUUAAUUUUGGAUAAACAUAUAUUAACUAUAAAACAAUAUGUAAACGGAAAAGAUUCUGAAAGAAAAGUAUUGACUGCUUUAAAAUACUUCUUUAAUACUUUGAAGAAUAAAGAUUCAACAGAAAUUGAAAUGAUGACAAUGUUAUUACAAUUGUUUCUCGAUCAUCAAUGUAUUUCAAUAUCAGAAAUGAUCGAUUGGUAUUCAGAUAAUAAUUCUACGAAUGAAAUUUCAUGGGCAGAACCAUUUCUUAAACUUCAUGAAUAUCCAAUUGAACACACAACUAGUAAACUCGAUAGUCAUUCGGUUUCAACAUCGAAUUCAUCUAAAGUGUCAUCGACAAAAACUAUUAAAAAUAUUCGUAUUAAAAAGCCAUAUAAAAAAUUAGUUCAAUUAUUCAAAGAACCGCAAUCUGAUCUAAAUACUACAACGAUUCACGAAUAUAUUCAAAUGCAAUACAAAAACAAUAAACAUCGCGUUAUAAUGAUUGUUCGAAGUUAUUUAAAAGCUUGGGAUGAACAUUUUGCGAACACAAAAGCUGAUAUUUUAUUGAUUUUCUCGGGUGCUAUUAGAAUUUAUCAAGGAUCUAUAAAAUUAAAACAUACAUCUACCAAAGAAUUUCUUGUUGCUGAUGGUCGAAUGAAGAUUUUACCAACAGUAAUAAGUUCAAUGGGAAGUAUAGCUUCUGCAGCAUCAUUACUUGGUGUACUUGUAGAAAUAUAUUAUUAUGGAACAAUGUUAGUCUAUUCCAGUAUGUUACAAAACGAUUUAUUUUCAUGGUUCUAA